GAGGCUGACAAACUUCGGAAGGAUUUAGACUUUAUAUUAGAAAUGGGUUCGAAAGAGAUCAAGAAGAGUGCUAUCAAAUUGAAGCAAAAUUUCGAGGUAAUUUUUAUGAUUGUUGUUAAAAAGGCAGUAUGGGAGACUUCCAGUAGUCCCGAGAAGGGGCAGUAUGGGAGACUUCCAGUAGUCCCGAGAAGGGGUAAAACUCACACAACUACGGGUCAUCGCAAGAAUUACGAAAAAGUUGAAGCGUUUUGGAAUAAAAUUGAAAACGAUCUUGCCGAUUUAGCAAUCAAAUCCAAAAGGCAAGAAUUACGUUUAGCUGAGAUAGGUGCUGCCUGUUCCGUGAUGAAAAAUACUACAACGGUCCUUCAAACUGCUAUUGGUAGAGUUGACACGACGUUGUCUGAUGCCACGUAUUAUACAUCAACACCGAUGCGUCAAAAUAUACUAUCGGAAUUAUCGGAAGAGGAAGAUAAUCCACCUUCAUUCUAUGAAACUUCUCCAGUACAUAAGCAAUUUGAACCGAGUCCCUUCAUAUCCUAUUCACAAGUCAGGAAACAUGAUC